CCUCACGGUGUAACCCGUUCGGCGGCACCCGAAUAGUUGACCCGGUACUUUCUCCUCUUCCACCUCUGUCAAAGCGGUCGUUAUGCGGCCUGCUUCCAUCUGCCACCGCAUCACCUCUGCCUGAUGUGCCGUGUUUAUUUGGAGAGGGACCAGGUGACCUGACGCUGCCGUCCUGCAUCCCGUGAGUUCGUUUCAGCUGUCGGGCGCUCGCAAUCAGGAAUUCAAUCUGAUUAGCUCCCUCGUAGUUCACACAGCCGCGACAGACCACUUCGCUGAAGUCCCACACCACAGUCCACGGCAUCUUUGGCAGGUCGCACAGGUAGCACCACUGGCGCCUGGAGGAGGAGGAGGGGGACGACAUGGCUGGCUAGCAAGCUAGCGAACCUGAGCGGAGUCAACGAGCCAGCUAGCUUGCUAACGCGCUAGCACGCGUUAGCUGUGUUAACCUAUUUAUCUUUGACAGGUGCACGCCCUCUCUUUGCUAACGACUUUCUACUUUAACGGGCUUCAGACCGCUUCAGAAGAAUGUUACAUAUUCUACAAAUAUAAAAUCAGAUACAACUUUUAGGUUAUUAGGCUCUUUUUUUUCAUAUGUUUGUUUUGUUUACCCACGUCGGCCUGCUGUUGAAGUUUGCUGCUGUCAACUGCUUCCCAGACGGACGCUGGGACGUUACGUAACCUCCGUAGAUGCAUUAUGGAGACAUAUCGCCCUCAUCAAGCGAAGACGAAGCUGACAAUAACACUACAAAAUCACCCGUAAAGCAAAAAGACUCCGAUAAGAAGACCACCAGGUACCAGUGUCCUGCUGACUUUGUGUCUUUCUGCCAUAAGCCUUGCAGCAGCACUCUUACAGAGAGUCUGAAGAACAACAAGGAUGAGUUAUGGCUCAUUAAAGCGCCAGCCAACUUUAAUCCAGAAUGUUUCAGUGGCAUCAAGGUACCACUGUCAGGUCUCCAGACCCUGAAGGUUCCUGCUGCUGCAGGUGCAGCCAAGACAGUGAAUGGCCAGCAGAUCUACAGCAUAUUGGCAUCCACCCACGGUACCUCAGAGCUCUGCUUGCUCACCAGUGACAAGCAGUCAUCCGAUGACGUGGUUUUUGGCCCCACUUUUUCAGGCCUGCUAAAUGUGUGUGAGAGCUAUGGAGACAGCAGCGCCAACCAGGCACCCCAGGUCAUCCCUGCUGCUCCAGCACCCUCCAUACCGCCGGGGCUGAAACAGCGAUUCCACCCCUUCGGCAGUAAGACCCCCACGCUGACCUGCGUGGCAGAGAGUGAGGUGGAUGGAGCCGCCUUUGGGCCAUCAUCUACAACUCUCCGCCCCCUGGUAGUCAAACGAUUCAUAGAAGAAACAUGGCAGAAGGACGAGGAGGAGGAAGGCAGGAAAAAGAAGAAGAAAAAAAAGAAGGAAAAGCGAAUAAAGACAGAGCAAGAUGAGGAGGUGGAGAAGCUGGUGAGAGUGAAAGUGGAACCUGUAGGUGAAAAUCAAGAUGAAGUUAUGAUGGAGCUCCCCUUUGAGGGGGAAGACAUUUUGGAGGAGAAGAGGAAGAAGAAGAAGAAAAAGAAGGACAGGGAGCGAGAGGAGGUGGAGGAGGGCGUGGAGCCCAGUGCGAGGGUGAAGGAGGAAGCAGUAAUAGUGAAAUGUGAACCAAUAGACACUUUGUAUGGGGAUGUAGGGGAGGGCUCGGGGAAAAAGAAGAAAAAGAAGAAGAAAAGCAAAACUGAUGACGACUAGUAUGUUGUGAUUUUGAUGGUUUUUGUUCCUUUGUUUAUUUUUGACCUUAUGAACCCGACUUGGAGCCAAUUUACUACUCAAUCUUAAUAAUAGAUUGCAUAAUACAAGGCUGUCUUUGGCAGGACAUUGCAUUCAGAAAAAAAGAACACAUCCUGGAUCAAUUGACUAGUGACACGAAUUAUGAAGUGGAUUCAUUGCAGCAUCUUUAAGGCCAAUGUUCCUAUAAUUUUGAGCUCAGAAAGUGACAGUUUUACACACAAAGAAUGUAUGUAGCCACAGGCAUCUAUGAGUACAUGGGUAGUAAGAGUGUACAUAGGGGGAAUUUCUGCCAGUGUCUGUCAAAUUGCGGGAGACUUUAUGGGAUUAAGCUCACACUGUGUUGCUAUGCUUGUGUACAUAUUUACACAACUGCACUGGUGACGUCUCUGGUUUGGCAUCAGGAUCAGAAAUCCAGAGGUGAUAUAAAGACAGAAUAAUGGUUCAUUGUCACAUAAUGUUAUCAUUUUUUGAGGAUUUGAGUCACAUAUUGGAGAAUUUAUUUGUCUGCAGGAAAACACAUGUUACAAAAUCAAUUCCAAAAGUGAUUAAAGGAAAUUAAAUGAAAA